ACAAAUCCUCCGACUCCCUCACUCACAUAUCGCUCGCCUUGUUUCUCUUGCUCUGCCUCCAUGUCUCAACCUGAUCCAUUUAUCUGCAGCGAUCCCGGCAAUUGAUUUCUGCGGCGGUCUGAAGGCACCGCUCCUCCCCUGCAGCAAUGUUGUCGUCCUUGCUUCGCCCCAAGAAGGCGCGUCGACGCGUCGAAGAACACUCGCCCUUCUCUUCGCCCUACGUCGAACGCAGACAUGCCACUGCAGACUUCACCGAAGACGAUGGCGAGGACGAGAAUACCGAGGACGAAGAGGACCAAGACGAAGAAGAAAGGGACGACGAGGAGGUGAUCGAGGAGGAAGAUGGAGAUGAAGAUACGCCUCUGCUGCCGAUCUUCUCUGCAGCCCAUCUGGAUUCUCUACCUGUGUACAACCUCACACAUGCAAUUCGACUGAUCGUCCUUCCACGAACCGAAACCACCUUGACGUGGGACCAGCUUCGAUCGCCCCAGGUCUCCCAAUUCCUCGUCAAGCCGAUGCAGCAGCAGAUUCGAACCUCCCAUUUCUCUCGCGCCACCUUGUAUGCUUUGAUGGCAAAUUGUCUACAAUUCGAGAAGGAAAGUCAUGCAAACCCAGGAAACGCUGGCAACAGCCGUACAAGGGCUCUGGUCUGCGAACUGCUGGCAAUCAAGCUACUGAAGGAAUACAAUACUCGGGAGUUGAUUGAUGCUCUCUCCUACGACUUCUUCCCUCUUCAAGGAAUCGCUCCACCCGAAUCAACGGUAGCAGGGCAGAAUUGGGAUCAGCGGAGUCGUCCUCGACCGGCUGCCGCUCGAAUAUCGACUCUUGAGGUGGCAAUCAGAGCUUCUGCGAAACGAUUCCUGGCACACCCCCUUGUUGUCCAGCAACUCGAGGCCAUAUGGGCGGGAACUAUUGUUUUCCACUCGGCUGCAGACAAUCUUCACAGACAGCCACCCCCAACGCCACUAAGUCGAGAGUCCACAAAACCAGUCGAGACCUCGCAACGUUUGCUGAUCCCCGGCCAAAAUGUUGGAUAUGGCACAGCUUCACCACGACCAGUUGGAUCGCCAAACAAGCAGCCACGCCCACAACCCGCUCACUCCCGGAGGACUGUAACUCUGUAUGAUCCUAGAGAUGCUUCCUUGUUCAAGCUUUCGAGGUUGAGAGUGCCACGGUACCGACAAUUCUUUUCGACUUGCUCCUUGGCUAUUCUACUCGUGUUGUUUGUUGCCGUGCUUGCUCAAAGGUCCAUGGACAUUACACCUCUUGAAGUCAUCUUUUGGCUUUGGAGUGCCGGAUUCAUGCUCGACGAGAUCGUCGGUUUCAAUGAGCAAGGCUUCAGCUUGUAUAUUAUGAGCUUCUGGAAUAUUUUCGACCUAGGAAUCCUCCUUUUACUGGUCAUUUACUACUGUAUGCGUUUAUAUGGGAUCUUCCUGGUCGAUGUUAACAGAUAUGGAUGGAAUAGUAUGGCAUACGACGUUCUGGCUACCAACGCAAUUCUCCUCUUCCCACGACUCUUCAGUGUGCUGGAUCACUAUCGAUACUUCUCGCAAUUGUUAAUUGCUUUCCGACUAAUGGCUAUUGACCUUGUUGCAAUCUCUCUGUUGGUGCUCAUCGCAUGCAGUGGCUUCUUCGUUGCUUUCACGUUAUCUUUCGGGGAGAAUGAAUAUGAUGCAGCUGGAGUCGCAUACAAAAUCUUCCAGAUAUUGAUGGGUUUCACACCUGCCGCCUGGGAAGCUUGGCCCACAUACAAUAUUCUCGGCAAGGCCAUCUUGGUUCUUUUUCUAUUCAUCUGUCACUUCUUGGUUGUGACGAUUCUGAUCACGGUACUGACGAACUCCUUCCUGGCGAUUGCUUCCAACGCUGAGCAGGAGCAUCAAUUCGUCUUUGCUGUGAACACAAUCAGUAUGGUCAAGAAUGAUGCCCUCUUCUCAUAUGUGGCACCCAGUAAUAUCUUCGCAUGGGUCUUGACGCCCCUGAGAUUUGUUAUACCGUUUCGACUGUUCAUCAAAGUAAAUCGAACUGUUAUCAAGGUCACUCACUUCCCACUUCUCUUCGGCAUCUAUGCCUACGAGAGGGUGUUUCUCGCCCGGUCCGUAUUUGCACCAACGGACUUGGUGGAGAAUACUGGGCGCGGCCGGUCGAGAGUUGUAUCAUUCCAUGAUAUGAAAUUCAGUUUGUUCAGUCCUAGCAUCCGCAUGAGACAGGAAUCGGUCAGUGGCUUUCAGAAAGACAGGGCUCUGGAUGAGGUCUUCAGACUUGCUCCAAGGCCAGAUACCAUCAGAACCACACGGAAGAAUCUGGAUCGCAGGCAAACUCACAACGUUGUGAACAAUUGGAUGGACCACCAAAGCGGGGUUGCAAGUUCUCCUCAGGAACAGGACCACUCUGUCGUGGAUCGACUCGAGACAAGACGCCAAGCUAGGAAAGCUUCAAUGAGACAGCGGGGCAUAUCUGGUACUAGGUCUGCAGCAAGUGACCCGGCCGAAUUCAUGACCAAGGGUUGUUUUGAUGAUACACUUGAGCCAGAUCAGGACGAUGUAAUAGGCCAUACAGAUGCCGAUGGAGAUGAUGAGCUGGCUACUUACGACGAUCAUGAUGACGAUGAGGGUGUCACUCUAGAUAAAGGUACAGGGACAAGCCGAAGUCGAGCCAGCAACUCGGGGAGCGACAAUGAAGAGAGCUACUUCCGCACCCCAACAGGAGUCAAAGUAAACGCCCCCAAACUCUCCUCAUCCUCCUCAUCCCGAAAACACCAUGCUUCAGGAUCUGCCCCAACCACGAAAUCCCCCCCUCGCCGCCGGGCGCACCAUCGAAAUCAGUCCACAAAUACCAUCCUCUACAAGCCCGUGACAGAACGACAAUCCUCUACCUCGCCACCCAAGUCUCGUCCCCUAUCAAUGAAACAUCACUCUACUGCUAAUACAGGCACGCACACCCCCGAAAAGGCGGGAAAACUCUCCAUCCCCGGCCACAGGACCCCUAAACCCUCCAUUUACACGAAGACUCAAACCAAACCUCGCCCCAUAAUGCCAAAUACGCAACACUUCCAAUCCGUGCCCAACUUCGACCUCGACUCCCAACUCAAAGGGGCCCGAACCCGGCCAACUCGCCGCCGAAGAUCAAGUCUCGACAUGGGCAUAUCCGAACUAGGCCUCGAUGCUAACCCAACUGGCAUGCUAGGCGCGGUACCAAGCUCCUUCGCAACGCAGAUGGCGCUCGCCACUGGUGGUCUAAAGGGCUUUGGGGGUAGGGAUGGAGUAGGGAAAGGAGGGGAUGCUGAAGAUAGCGGGAUGAUGGGACGACUGAUGCUGGCCAGGAUGAAGACUCUUGAAGAAGGCUUUGCGGAGGUGGUUAAAGAGUUUCGGGGGAUGGGGCUCAGGACGGCGGGCAACUCGAGCACGGAGUUGGAUGAAGGGUUGAAGGGGAAGGGGAGGGAGAGAGAUAGAGUAGCGAGGAAGAGGAGGGGAUUACCAAGGACGAAGAGCGAAGUUAAUGUUGCCAAGGUGGGACUCGGUUUGGAAGAUGAAGGCACAGGGAAGGGGAAGGGGAACGUGGACCUGCAUGGUGGAGGGAGCAAAGAUACCCCAGAGAAUGAGAACAUUGUGCGGUACAAUAUGCGGCAGGGGAGUUCGCUGUAGAUUGGUUCGGCCCAUCUCUCGCAUUUCUGGAGUUAGCUGGCGUUUGAGUGUUGUGUCUUUUGCAUUAUGUAGCUGGAUAAUUUUGCGAGCAUUCAUUU